AGCUGGGCCGGGUUGAAGCCUUCGGGCGGCCCGCCGUCAUGAAGCUGACGCGGAAGAUGGUCCUGUCCCGGGCCAAGGCCUCGGAGCUGCACAGCGUGCGGAAGCUCAACUGCUGGGGCAGCCGCCUCACUGAUAUCUCCAUAUGCCGGGAGAUGCCCAGCCUGGAAGUGAUCACCCUCAGCGUCAACAGCAUCUCCACCCUGGAGCCCAUGAGCCGCUGCCGACAGCUGAGUGAGCUCUACCUGCGCAAGAACUGCAUCCCCAGCCUGGCGGAGCUCUCCUACCUGAAGGGCCUCCCGUGCCUGCGCGUGCUGUGGCUGGCGGAGAACCCCUGCUGCGGCGCCUGCCCUCACCUCUACCGCAUGACCGUCCUGCGCAACCUGCCUCACCUGCAGAAGCUGGACAACCAGGCUGUGACGGAGGAGGAGGUGUCCCGAGCGCUGGUGGAGGGAGAGGAGGUCACGGCCCCCAGCAGACAGCACUCAGGGAAUGGCCCGCCCGAGCUGUCCUACACCCUGAGCUCUGAGGACGGCGCCGCCGAGAUGCCACGGGACCCGCUGAGCCUUGGCGAGGAGACCAGCAGCAUCCAAGGGCAGCUCGGCCUGAAGCGCCCUUCCCGGGACCAGUUUUCUUCCUUCUCGCAGAGGGCGGCCGCAAGCAGUCGCAAGAACAGGAACAACAUCCUGACCGCCAUCCUCCUGUUGCUGCGGGAACUAGACAGCGAGGGGCUGGAAGCCGUCCACCAGCGCGUGGUCAGCCGGCUCCAGGCCCUGCAGAAGCAGGAGCUGCAGGAGGCCAUGGAGUGA